AUGAAUGACAAUGUCCCUCGGGAUAAAUUCGCGAAACUUUGGGCCAUAGUACUGUUUUUGGACAAAUAUGGAGUAGAAGCUCGCGGUAUUGAGCGCGUUCUUCCAGACGAGAGAACGCAGACUUCUCCUUUGGCACCGUUCUGGAUGUGGCUAGCUGCAAAUAUGACAAUAUCAACAUUUGCGAUCGGAGUCUUAGCACAAUCCAUCUUCUUCCUCGGACUCAAAGAAGCUGCUCUUACCAUCAUAUUCUUCAAUUUGUUAUGUACUCUUCCUGUCGCGUACUUUUCCACAUGGGGACCAAAGCUUGGGCUUCGUCAGCUCACCUUAUCGCGAUUUUCUUUCGGAUACGCCACCGCACAGCUUCCUAUCGUGCUAAAUUGUAUCGCGUGUGUCGGUUGGUCGAUUGUCAACUCUAUUGUGGGUGCUCAGACAUUGCGCGCCGUGAGCACGUCACACCAGAUACCUACCGCGGCAGGAAUUGUGGUGAUUGCGAUCCUCACUAUCGUGGUCUCGUUCAUGGGCUACCGUGUGGUGCACCUCUAUGAACAAUACUCUUGGAUACCGGUGGUGGUCAUAUUUUUUAUCUAUCUGGGUCAGAUAGCGCGAUUUGCCGAGAGCGAUUUCGGGGGUUCAGGUAGUGUUGAAGCUGGUAAUGUACUGUCCUUUGGUGCGACAGUCGCUGGAUUUGCUCUUGGAUGGACGAGCUUGGCCGCAGAUUACACUGUUCGUAUGCCAGAAGACAUGUCUUCAUACAAGAUAUUUUUCUGGACAUAUCUCGGUCUCAACACUCCGCUUAUUCUCGUUGAAAUUCUUGGUGCCGCAGCCAUGACGACUUUCGCCCAAAAGACAACAUGGGAAGACGCCUACAACGAUAAUUCCGUGGGUGGUCUUUUGGGUGCCGGUCUAGCAGGACCAAUGGGCGGAUUCGGGUCCUUCCUACUGGUGCUUCUAGCAUUGAGUAUCGUGGCUAACAACAUUCCCAACAUGUAUUCCUUGGCUUUGACUUUCCAGAAUUUACAUCCCUAUGCCCAAGCGAUACCCCGUAUCGUUAUUGUGAUUUUAGGGAGUGUUGUCUACAUCGUCCUCGCAAUCGUUGGCGCAAGCCAUUUCGAAGAAUGGCUAGACACCCUUCUUGUCAUUCUCUCCUACUGGCUUGCGAUCUUCUCAACUAUCCUCAUCGAGGAGCACCUCAUCUUCCGCAAGGGCAAAUGGUCAAAUUACGUCCCCGACGAUUUCAACAAUUGGAGGAAACUCCCGCUUGGCGUUGCCAGUUUCCUAGCUUUGGGAUGCGGUGUAGCAGGUGCUGUUUUAGGCAUGGCUCAAGUAUGGUAUGUAGGUGUUAUUGGACGCAUGAUUGGCGAUCCAGAAUUCGGUGGCGAUAUCGGUUUCGAACUUGCGUUUGCCUUUACCGCCGUCACAUACCCUCCCUUACGAUAUCUAGAAAAGAGAUGGUGGGGCUACUAG